AUGGGCGUGCACAUCCCCUCUUCACCUAAAACAUUCACCUGUGCUGGUCAGGCAAGCAGGAACCGCACCUGCCUGGGCAUCCAACUAAGCGGUCGUACAACUAAGGAUAACAAAACAACAAAGCGCUUAACCAUUGGGGCAUGGAACGUGAGAACGCUGUUGGACAGAGACGACAGACCAGAGCGACGCACUGCUCUUAUAGCAAGGUUGCUUGGACAAUACCAGGUGGACAUAGCCGCAUUGAGUGAGACCAGACUUGCAGAUGAAACUCAACUGGAAGAGGUCGGUGGUGGCUACACCUUCUACUGCAUUGGGAAACCGGAAAACGCCCCAAGACACUCAGGCGUGGGAUUUGCCAUACGCACUCAGCUCGCAAGGAGACUAGUCAGCUUGCCACAGGGCAUCAGCGAUCGCCUCAUGACCCUGCGGCUGAAACUCCAAAAAGACUGCAACGCAACAAUUGUCAGUGCCUACGCCCCUACAAUGACAAACCCAGAUGAAGUGAAGGAAGCCUUCUACGAAGAGCUCAACCAGUUACUCUCCAGUGUUGACCGCAAAGACAAACUCAUCAUCCUUGGAGACUUUAACGCACGAGUUGGAGUAGACUACACCAUAUGGCCAAACAUCUUGGGUCGCCAUGGAACUGGCAAGUGCAACUACAAUGGCCUGAUGCUACUAUCUCUGUGCGCACAGCACGAGCUAACCAUUACUAACACUCUCUUUCAACAAGCUGACAAGCUGAAGAACACAUGGAUGCACCCUCGCUCCAAACAGUGGCACAUGCUGGACUACGUAAUCGUCCGCCAGAGGGACCGCAGAGAUGUGCACAUCACACGCUGCAUGCGUGGUGCCGACUGUUGGUCUGAUCACCGCCUGCUACGGAGCAAGAUGAACAUCCAGCUCGCCAGAAAGAACAAAUCAGCAAGAGAGAAGCCACUGAAGAAGUUGAAUGUAACUCGCAUUCCACCCAACAAAGUAGAGCUGCAAGAGAAGCUAGAGGUAGCCCUGGGAAACAUUAACAUCACGGGCGAGGAUAUAGAGGAAGACUGGAGCACUUUCAAAGAAGCCGUCUACAACUCUGCAGCGAGUGUCAUUGGAUACGUUGAGCGAAAACAUCGAGACUGGUUUGACGAGAAUGACGCUGAGAUCAACGGGCUUAUUGACAGGCUCCAUAAGGCUCACAGCGACCUUAUAGGGGACAAAGCUUGCGAGAAGAAGAAGCAAGACUACCAACAAGUGAGGCAGCAUGUGCAACACAAGCUGCGGGAAAUGAAGAACGCCUGGUGGGAAAAGAAAGCCGAAGAAAUCCAAGUGGCAGCUGAUGCUCACGACUCAAAAAGCUCCACGAUGGGCUUCGCGCGGUGUACAGUCCAAAAUCGUCAGGCUCUACCCCCAUCAGGUCUGCAGACCGAACGGCACUGCUAA